UUUUAGUUUGUCAAGCUAGUUUAAAUUAUAAAAUGUACAUAAAAUCCUAGUUUUAAUAUAAAAAAAAGUGUUCAAACAGCUGUUUACGUCCACCGAUGGUAUUUUGCAACUAAACGCCUACGGUAACACUUGACGCGCGACUAUGGGAGGAAGAUUGGAUAAAAGAGAUAAAUUUUAUGUAACAUGUUAAGUUGACGCCAAAAUUAUUAAAUCGUGCGACAUGUUGGUCUACCAAGUGCGUUUGGUGGCGCGGAGCACGCUGCUCCGUACACAGCUGCCAGCCCUUAGUGGAUUAAGCUACUGGCGACAUGCAAGCUUGAGCCCGCUGCCCGAGUAUCACAAACGUGUCAGUGCAGGCCAGAUGAAGCCAGAUGAUAGGCAACUACAAACAGUAGAUCAAUUGGAAAAGCUGUAUCAUAGACUCAAGGGCUACAGGCCUUCUGCACAGUCAACGCCAGGUGAAGGUUUUUUUAGUUCCGUGUUUGGCAGUAAACGCACCAUUGAUGAUGACGAUCGUGAUGAUUUGCAGGCGGGCAGCCAUGCGCCCCAAGGACUGUAUAUAUAUGGCAGUGUGGGUGUGGGCAAGACGACCUUAAUGGACUUGUUUUUUGACUGUUGCAGUCAGAUUAAGCGCAAACAACGCGUGCACUUUACUGCCUUUAUGACCAACGUACAUGCGCGUAUACAUGAAGCUAAGGAACGUCAAGGACCAAUGGAUCGCGCCUUUAACUCUGAGAAGCCUGCGCCCUUCGAUCCAACGAAGCCUGUGGCAGAUCUUAUAGCGCGCGAGUCGUGGCUUAUAUGCUUUGAUGAAUUUCAAGUUACGGAUAUUGCAGAUGCCAUGGUGCUUAAACGUCUCUUUACGCAUCUCUUCAGGCUAGGCAUUGUGGUGGUGGCCACAAGCAAUCGCAAGCCCGAGGAUUUGUAUAAAAACGGGUUGCAGCGCAGCAACUUUCUGCCUUUUAUAGCAUUGCUGCAAAAUCGCUGCUUGGAGGCUAAGCUGGACUCAAUUGACUAUCGCCGCAUAGCGCAAUCCGGCGAUACCAACUACUUUGUGAAAGGUCAGAGCGAUGCAGAGGGCAAUAUGAAUCGCAUGUUUAAAAUAUUAAGCGCACAAGAAAACGAUAUUAUAAGACCUCGCACGAUUACGCACUUGGGACGUGACUUAACCCUGCAGCGCACGUGUGGUCAAGUGCUGGAUAGUACUUUCCAGGAGCUUUGUGAUCGCCCCUUGGCAGGCAGUGAUUAUCUGCAGAUUUCUCAGUUCUUUCACACUGUGCUCAUACGGGAUGUGCCGCAGUUGAAUCUGGAUGUCAAGUCGCAAAUGCGUCGUUUUAUAACAUUGAUAGAUACCCUAUACGAUAAUCGCGUGCGUGUGGUCAUUUCAGCAGAUAAGCCCUUGGAUUCACUAUUCCAAAUGACGGAUAAUCCUGGUACCAUAUCAGACACGGAUCGCGUGCUAAUGGAUGAUUUGAAAAUCAAACAUGGAACGAACGCAUCCCAGUCCAGUGUUUUUACGGGCGAGGAGGAGCUGUUUGCUUUUGACCGCACCAUUUCUCGUCUCUAUGAGAUGCAGAAGCGCGAGUACUGGGAGCAAUGGGCCAAACACCGAUAGGUGUAUCAGUUACUUAACAGUCAUUACUUAAAGCAAUACCUCCUUGGGACGUGGCUAAAAGUUACAGCCCAGUGUUAUUAUUAAGUAAUUGUUUAGAAGAUUUAGACGAAUAUGUACAUAUGUAAAUACCUUCAAUCAAUCGAUCGUAUUAUUAAGUAAAUUGUUUGUUAACAUCUGAUAAGCACGCUUAAAUACAGUAUAUGCUUGAAUUGACUAA